CCGGCGCGGCCAUGUUGGUCCUGAGGCGGUGCGCGGGGCCGCUGAGGGGCCGGGCUCGGGCCUACUCCGGCGGCGGGCCCCGCUCCCAACGCCCCGCCCGCGGCAAGGAAAAGCUGGACAUGUCCAGAUUCCCAGUGGAAAACAUCCGGAACUUCAGCAUCAUAGCUCACGUGGACCAUGGCAAAAGUACCCUAGCAGACAGGCUGCUGGAACUAACAGGGACGAUUGCCAAUACCGGAAGGAACAAGCAGGUCCUGGAUAAACUACAGGUGGAGCGGGAGAGGGGGAUCACCGUCAAAGCCCAGACCGCGUCCCUCUUCUACCAUUUCGGAGGGGUUGAGUAUCUUCUAAAUCUCAUCGACACCCCUGGUCACGUGGACUUUAGCUACGAAGUAUCCAGAUCGCUUUCAGCCUGCCAAGGGGUCUUACUCGUCGUGGACGCCAAUGAGGGCAUCCAAGCGCAAACAGUAGCCAACUUUUUUCUUGCCUUUGAAGCACAACUGUCGAUAAUCCCGAUAAUAAACAAGAUCGACUUGAAGAAUGCGGACCCCGAGAGGGUGGCAAACCAGGUGGAGAAGAUGUUCGACAUUCCUGGCCAGGACUGUAUUCGGAUUUCCGCCAAACUGGGAACCAACGUGGAACAGGUGCUCCAGGGAAUCAUCGAAAGGAUCCCUCCGCCAGUGGUGGAUCGCCAAAACCCCCUGAAGGCCCUGGUGUUCGACUCCACCUUUGACCAGUACCGGGGGGUGAUAGCCAACGUGGCGCUGUUCGGCGGGGAGGUCUGCAGGGGGGACAAGGUCGUAUCCGCUCACUCCCAGAAGACCUACGAAGUGAACGAAGUCGGAGUCCUGACCCCAGAUGGGCAGCCGACUCAGAAGCUCUAUGCAGGCCAGGUGGGCUACCUGAUUGCUGGAAUGAAAGCCAUCAGCGAAGCGCAGGUGGGAGACACACUGUAUUUCCCGAAGCAUCCGGUGGAGCCCCUGCCGGGUUUCAAAUCUAUGAAGCCCAUGGUGUUCGCAGGGAUGUACCCCCUGGACCAGUCUGAGUACAGCAGCCUGCAGAGUGCGGUGGAGAAGCUGACCCUGAAUGACUCUAGUGUGACGGUCCACAGGGAGAGCAGCCCAGCGCUGGGGGCCGGCUGGCGGUUGGGGUUCCUCGGCCUCCUGCACAUGGAAGUUUUUAACCAGCGCUUGGAGCAGGAGUACAACGCAUCUGUGAUCCUCACCACCCCCACGGUGCCCUACAAGGCCGUUCUCUCCUCUGCAAAAAUGAUCAAGGAGUAUGGAGAAAAGGAGAUCACAAUCGUCAGCCCUGCCCAGUUUCCUGACAGGUCCAAAGUAGCAGAAUACCUGGAGCCCACUGUCCUGGGCACCAUCAUCACCCCUGACGAGUACACUGGAAAAAUCACAGCCCUGUGCCUGGCUCACCGGGGAGUUCAGAAGAACAUGGUGUACAUUGACCAGCACAGGGUGUUACUCAAGUUCCUCUUCCCACUGAACGAGGUGGUGGUGGAUUUCUAUGAUGCGCUGAAGUCCCUCUCUUCUGGAUAUGCCAGCUUUGAUUACGAAGAUGCCGGCUACCAGCCAGCGGAGCUGGUAAAGAUGGAGAUCCUGCUGAAUGGGAACCCCGUGGAGGAGCUUGGCUGCAUCGUGCACAAAGAUAAAGCCGCCACUGUGGGCAGGGUCGUGUGUGAGCGCCUGAAGGAUUCGGUGCCCAGGCAGCUGUUCGAGAUAGCCAUCCAGGCCGCUGUCGGGAGCAAGAUCAUCGCGCGAGAGACGGUCAAGGCUUACAGAAAGAACGUCUUGGCCAAAUGCUAUGGUGGUGACAUCACCCGGAAGAUGAAACUCCUGAAGAGACAAGCCGAAGGAAAGAAGAAGAUGCGGAAGGUGGGGAACAUAGAAGUGCCCAAAGACGCAUUCAUCAAGGUCCUGAAGAGACAACCUGACAAGUGAAGGGAUGAACCAGUGCUGCCGAACCACACGGCUCCUCCGGGAAGGAGGCCGAGGCAGUGGCGCUGCCGCCCACAAUGCGUGUUUCUCAGUGACUGGAGCAUGCCCCCUUGCAUCAGCCUGCCGCUGCUGCAAGGUGGGUGGCUUGGACGGAGGGCUGGCUUAGGUAUCGCCCGCCAUGGGCUCCACUCUAAAAUCCCCUCUCCCGAGAAGACUGGGCUACCCCAUUUGAGUCCCAGCCACUCCGGUCACUCCCCGCUUUUGGGGCCGGCCAGUGGAUGUGAGGGCAAGUUUGCCUGCCCCUCCCUGCUCUGCUAGGACUGACUGGAGGCACCGUUUCUGCGCCCAAAUUCAAACUGCGGGCACUGGAUGCUGCCACUCCCUCCGGCCCAGUCUGGAUGGGGCACCAAUUGUGUUUCUCAGCUCUCUGCCUGCUGCUCCAUUCCUAACUUGCCCAUCUAUCCGUGCAAGCCGCCGUGUCCAGAGCCCGGGCCCGUCUCUCCCAGGGAAGGAAGAGGCGGCAGCAGGGGUGAGGGGGGCUCAGUCUGUUGCCAGGGGCGAUCUUUGCAAUAAAGGAUUUGUGGGCAUUCA